AUGGCCUUGAUCCGGGACUUCCAUAAGAUGGACGAGCAAGACUGUUUCCGAAAAAUUGCGGAUAUACAGAGAUGUUUGGUGAAGUACGAGAUGCAAUACAUCCGUGCUUGGGAGAUUGAGGAUAAGCGCCGGCAACGCGAACUGCUGGACUUGGAAGUGAUGCGGCUUCGCUUUCGGAAGGAGGGCGAAGCCGAAGAAAGUCAAUUGGAAGGGCAAAGAGAGGUGCUGCAGAAGGGACUGGCCAAGCGGAAGCGCUAUGAGGGCUAUGAGGAGUUGUCGGCCUCGGUGAACACCAAGCGGCCGCAACACGAGUCCAAGGCGCAAAUUCAGAAGCUAACUGUGGAGCUCCAGCAAAUGGAGCAGCAGCAGAAGCGGUUGGCCGAACUCUCUCAGCAUCGGGAUGAGAGAAGCAAACUGCUCAUGAAGGCCAUAGAAGAGCUGGACAAGGAUUUGCUAGCAGAGCAAGAGUUCCGCUUCGAGAAUUUUGGGCCUGAUGAGCCCGAGGCAGGUGAGAGUUCAGCUGGUCAAGCCGAAACCAAAUUUCAAUGUGCUGUCAUCAUGUGGUUUUGA